CUCGGACAUUGUGAGACAGUCAGAGGACAUGGCACCAGCCAGAAGGAAAUCUUCUGCUAUCGAAAAUGAGCUGGUUAGAACCGCUCAAACUGAUUGUCAAAGUCCUGUUUCAAGUCAUCGUCUUUCUGCAGAAAAGGCCUUGCCACAAGCAAGUCCGACAACAUUCCCGGACACUGUGAAACAGUCAAAGGACAUGGCACCAGCCGGAAGGAAAAUAUGUUCUAUCGAAGAUGAGCUGGUUAGAACCGCUCAAGCUGAUUGUCGAAGUCCUGUUUCAAGUCAUCUUCUUUCUGCAGAAAAGGCUAUGCUGCAAGCAACUCCUCCAGCAUCUUCAGACAUUGUGGGACAGCCAGAGGACAUGGCACCAACCAGAAGGAAAAUAUCUUUUGCUAUUAAAAAUGCCACUACCCCUCAGGCUGAUUGUUGUCGAAGUCCUGUUUGUAGUCAUUUUCUUUCUUUGGAAAAGGAUCUACCCGAGGAAAGCACAUCUGUACCUAAUGAGCAUCGCAAUCCAACAAUAAUUCAAGAUGUGAACUCAACUUUCCACAAAGUAGAAUCAUUCCUCAAGUCUAUCCCGGAGGAGCAUUUUCUUUCUUUAUCAGGUACACCAAUUUCUAAUUUAGAGUCUGCAAAGGAAAUAGUCAGACAUUUUGUUGGAGGACCGUUGAAGAUGUUGGCAGACCCAGCUAAUGAAAAGGCAUUGAAGGAAGCGAUUAACUUACUGAACGAAAAUCUCUUGUCAUUCACUCACGAACAAGCCAGGCUGUUGGUAAAGAUCAAAUAUAUAUUCCCUUCAAUGGUUCAAGACCUGAGGGACUCAAGCCAGACCGAGUCUAGUUGCCAAGACUUCUUCACUGAUCUUGAGAAGGACAGGAAAACUUUAGAUGACUUGAGGAACACAGACAUGGAAUUGAAGUUGAAGUAUGAUCAAGAAGAGGCUGAAGAGAAAGAAAUGGAAACUAUGCUUAUGUUCCUUAGGAAGAGGAAGGCUGAAAUUCUGGAUAAAAGACAUGAAUUAUCUGUAAAGGUUAACGACAUUAUGUCUUUAGCAGACGAAAAAACAGGUAAGUUUAAAGACACCAAGAUACUGUUGGUCAAGGCAAAAGAUAAAAUCGAUAGCUUAAAGAGGCAAUGGUCUAGUCUUAAGUCUGUGCAUCUGUAGCUUCCUUCCCAGAUUACAAUACGAAUUUCAACUGACAAAAGACAUUGUUUAUGUGCUCUUGGAUUAGAAUUUUAGCUCUUGUAACUGUUGUAUAGGGCAGGCAAUGUUUGUGCUAAACCGUGCAUACUCUUGGGGAAAAACGAAAAAGAAAAGGGAUUGCCUUGAAGGGACAUCUUGAGUAGUCUAGUUUUUGCAGUCAACGGCUGAGUUAAGGGUUCGGCGUGAUGACUAUGAUUAAUAUCUGUUAUGUUGGAAAA